GAGAGAGAGAGAGAGAGAGAGAGAGAGAGAGAGAGAGAGAGAGAGAGAGAAUGGGGGAGAGGCUCAAUGAAGCCGAGAUCAAUGAAAACGUAACUUCAUUGCACGAAGGCAAUGAAUUCAAUCUUGAAGGAGCUAUGAUGAAAUGUUUCAAUUGGACUCCUCUACAUGUGGCUGCAUCACGUGGGCAACAAGAGCUUUUCCAAAAACUGUUGCACAGCAAUCCAGAGCUUGCCAAAGCUUUAGAUUCGCAACAACAAUCCCUCCUUCACUUGGCAUCGGCUAAUGGACACAUUGAGAUCGUGAAAGCAUUAAUUCAAGUAAGACCAGAGAUGUGCCUAGCUCGUGAUCGAGACGGUACAAACCCUCUUCACAUUGCAGCUAUGAGAGGAAAGCUCGAGGUCUUGGAUGAGUUGGUUAAAGCUAAUCCCCAUGCUGCUCGAGCUAGGGUGGACAGAGGAGAAAGAGAGACUAUCUUACACCUAUGCGUCAAAUAUAACCAGCUAAAGUUUCUAUCGAUAUUGUUGGAGAAAUACUUUAAAGGUAAGGAGUUUGUCAAUACCAAAGAUAAUGCUGGCAAUACCAUACUACAUCUUGCUGUUGUGGCUCGAAGAUUCGAGAUUAUCGAGUACGUUCUCAGUCACACGGAAAUUGAUGUAAAUGCAAUUAAUGCAUGCAAUCAAACAGCGAUGGACAUUCUACUUCUUGGACAAAAAAAAGGUUCAAAACCAGAAGGGGUAGACAAAGACAUUGAAGCCUUACUUCAAAACUACCAUGCUAAAAGAGUUGAUAUCCUGAUCGAUCCUACGGAAAUAACAGAGAAAAGGAAUGGAUUUAUAGUUGCUGCUGUACUAAUGGCAACCCUAGCCUUUCAGGCAGGAGUGGCUCCUCCGGGCGGUGUUUGGCAAGACGAUUCAGAUGGACACAAAAGUGGAGGAGCCGUGAUGGCUUCUAAUUACCCAAGGAUGUACGAGGUCUUCCUCUAUUGUAACUUAGUCGGCUUUUCGUCAUCUCUAGGCACACUCGUUUUGGUCCUGACUGACUUGCCCUUCAAGAAAAGGAGAUAUUUGCUGUUGGCGGCUAUCACUAUUGGCACAACAAUCACAUCCAUUGCAAUAGCGUAUGCGCUUUCUCUUGUCGUGGUCUCACCGGUACUGAAACCGGACAGGAGAAUAAUGCGUCUUGCUACUGUAGUUGAAUGUAUUCUUUCCCUUACAUUAGCAGCUCUUAUGGUAUUGUUCUUGCUCAAGAAAAAGAGAAGAAAUAGGGCCGCGGAGACGGUUAACAGACUUAGCCUUACUAAUCAAGCUUCAGUAAACGAGGCUAAUGUUUGAUUUUGCUGUU